AUGUCCACCACCGUCACCGAGACCAACCCCGCCCAGGUGGUUGUCACCAACCCAGACCCCAACCCUCACAGCACAACCAAGAACAUCCCUCCAGCCUCCGAAGAUAAAGUAUUCCAGGCCAUCGCGCGCGGCGACCGCGCCGGGAAGCUCAAGCUGAGAGGCGUCCCGACCUUCACGGACCCCUACGCCGAGCGCCAAUGGAUAAGAGAGCACAUGGCCGCGGCAUUCCGAUACUUCGGGAGAGAAGGCCACAACGAGGGUAUUUCAGGACAUAUUUCUGUUCGAGACCCCGUCCUGAAGGACCACUUCUGGAUCAACCCAUUCGCAAAGCACUUCUCGGCCAUGAAGGCCUCUGAUCUGGUCCUUGUCGACCCGGAGGGAUACGUGACAGAGGGCGGAGCGCAGCUGCCCAUCAACGAGGCCGGGUUCAUGAUCCAUUCGGAGAUCCAUAAGGCGCGGCCGGAUGUGAUGGCUGCAGCGCAUACGCAUGGCAUUUACGGGAAGACGUGGAGUGUGUUUGGGAAGCCGAUUGAGAUGAUUACUCAGGAUUCAUGCAACUUCUUCGGCAAAUUGGGUGUCUAUGAGGAUCACGGUGGUGUUGCUCUAGCAGUGGACGAGGGACGCAAUAUUGCCAAAGCACUGGGCCCAGAAAAUAUUGCGUGCAUUCUUCAGAAUCAUGGCCUCCUGACAGUCGGCCAAACGGUUGACGAAGCCGCCUGGCUGUUCGUCAGUCUUGACCACGCCUGCCACGCACAACUAAUGGCCGAGGCAGCGGCUGCGAAUGGCGUCCCUAAGAAGAUUAUCCCUGAUGAUGUCGCUCAAUAUACCGCUGAUGCGGCGCAGAAUCCGCACAACUUCUAUACGGAGUUCCAGCCGGAGUUUGACUUUACUGUCGAGCAGAGUAAUGGGCGCGUUCUUCAGUAA